CAGGUGCGAGUUCGUCUGCUCUCAGUGCCGCCUCUGCACAACUGAAAACAGGAGAAGCUGCAAAAGUUUGUGGAGUUUGUGAAUUAAAUUUGAAUAAGAAUGGAUACCCCAAAAGUCCAAAUUCAGGUUGAAGAACAUACACCAUUGGAACCAACUGCACCAAGUAUAACUACAGACAUGACUGAGGCAAACCCCAAUGAACAAAUAAGUGAGGAGAUUAAAGUAAAUGAACCCCAAGCAAAUGAAGAAGUGGAGAGUCCACAAGAUUCUAAGGUUCACAAAGAACCAGAAACUGGAGAAGUGGAACAGGAGGCUGUGGCAACAUCUGACAAAGAGAAUGCACAGAAAGAAGUAGAACCUGUUAACCCACAGAAGAGAUUGUCCAGUGAAGUUUUCAGUGAGAACAGUCAAGAAACCAGCCCAAAGAAACAUAGGUUACUGGAAUCAUCUGUAAACCAACAUGAAACUGCAGCUUAAACUGAUUCUGUGCUAAAAAACUGUAGCAAAAACUGUAAAAAAACUUUAGCAUUUAUAUUUUGGAAAAAAUCUUUUAAUAGAUUUUUAAUGGAGCUGUUCUUUUUUUAUGUAGUUUAAGUUAUGAUACUUAUAUCUGCACAUACUUUGUAACUGGGCACUUUAAUGAAGAUUUUUAAGUCUCAAAAUUUUCUAAUGUAAGAGUGAUUUGUUCUCUCCAACCCUUCAUAUUUUUAACAUUCAAAUAUUUGUAGCAUUAAUUGAUCAUUGACUAAUA